AUGUACUUCGAAAAUCCUAAUAUAUCCAACAGUUCGAGCCAUCAAGGAUCCACAGACAGAAUCUGGAGAGAGGACAAACCUGUUGGUGAAUCUUGUCAAAGUGGUCACGGCCCACACUUCCACAGCAUCAGCAAGGAAAAGACCAAAACGGCAGUAACCAAGCCGGCACUAUCAUUUGUCACCUUUGGAAGCUUUGCGGCCAUGGAACAAGCCCACCAGCUGAACUUCUUGGUCAAUGACAUGCUGGCAUUUCUGAACUUCCCCAUCAGACUCAACGAAUCCAACACAGCCAAUUUGAAGGGACUCUACGACACUGGAGGAUGCUGCAACAUGGGCAAGAAAGACUACCACCUGUCCAUCGCAAAACAACAUCCGCACCUUGUCAAACAGAUCUUUGACCUCCAGAAGAUCCGCUACGCUCCAAUCAAGAUCGGGGGAAUCAAAGACAGUGUGGAAAUUGACGUCAUCAUCAAAUACUUCAUUCCUUUUGAAAACGGACAGGGAGAGAAUCACACUUUGAUGAUAGGACUGACGGACGACCUUCCAAUCAACACACUUUGUGGAUUACCAUUCAUCCUAAAAGCCAAGCUGGUAGCUCAGUUCUACCGGAAUGCGGUCAUUUCCAACUUCUUCAACCAGGAAUUUGACCUCACAUUGGAAUGCCCGAGACUUCUCCCAACGGAGCAUGUGGAACGGAACCAAUCAUCGGAUCGCAAAGUAUUCUCGGUCAGAUUUGACACCACAGCCGAGAACCUUUGA